UCUCAUAGUUGGGGCUGAUGGGAAAUCUGAUGUGGUGAUAGCAGGUUUUGAAAUCACCUGGGGAUUUCUUGGGUGCAGGGUGGACAUUAGGGAGAAUCGAAAGCAGCGCUGGCUGCUGCUCUUACUGGCUUCGGGCAGCGGGGCACAGAGGCAGUUGAAGUGAAAGUGAAAGAGAAACGGAUAAGAGAACAGAGACCGCAGGUGCUAAGUGAGGGUGCUCACAGAACCCCCCUCUUCGGCCAGAGAUCACUAGCAGGGGAACCGUGGAGAAGGCAGCCAGCGAGGAAGAGCCUGAGAGUAGCCUCCAUGGGCUUGGAGCCCAGCUGGUGUCUGCUGCUCUGUUUGGCUGUCUCUGGGGCAGCAGGGACUGACCCUCCCACAGAGCCUUCCACAGCAGAGCGACGGUGGCAGCCCACGGACAUCGUCUUAGACUGCUUCUUGGUGACAGAAGACAGGCACCGCGGGGCUUUUGCCAGCAGUGGGGACAGGGAGAGGGCCUUGCUUGUGCUGAAGGGGGUCCCAGUGCUGGAUGAUGGCUCCCUGGAAGGCAUCACAGAUUUCCAAGGGAGCACAGAGACCAAAGAUGAUUCACCUAUUAUCUUUGAGGCCUCAGUGGACUUGGUCCAGAUUCCCCAGGCAGAGGCUUUGCUCCAUGCUGACUGCAGCGGGAAGGCGGUGACCUGUGAGAUCUCCCAGUACUUCCUCCAGGCCAGACAAGAGGCCACUUUUGAGAAAGCACAUUGGUUCAUCAGCAACAUGCAGGUAUCUGGAGGGGGCCCCAGUGUCUCCAUGGUGAUGAAGACUCUAAGAGAUGCUGAAGCUGGAGCUGCCCGGCACCCUACACUGAAUCUACCUCUGAGCACCCAGGGUACAGUGAAGACUGAAGUGGAGUUCCAGGUGACAUCAGAGACCCAAACCCAGAAUCACCUGCUGGGGUCCUCUGUCUCCCUGCAGUGCAGUUUCUCGGUGGCACCAGGCCUGGACCUCACUGGCGUGGAGUGGCGGCUGCAGCAUAAAGGCAGUGGUCAGCUGAUCUACAGCUGGAAGACAGGGCAGGGGCAGGCAAAACGCAAGGGCGCUACCCUGGAGCCUGAGGAGCUACUCAGAGCUGGAAACGCCUCUCUCACCUUACCCAACCUCACGCUAAAGGAUGAGGGAAACUACAUCUGCCAGGUCUCCACCUCUCUGUACCAAGCUCAACAGAUCAUGCCACUUAACAUCCUGGCUCCCCCCAAAGUACAACUGAACUUGGCAAACAAGGAUCCUCUGCCUUCCCUCAUCUGCAGCAUUGCUGGCUACUACCCUCUGGAUGUGGUAGUGACGUGGAUUCGAGAGGAGCGGGGUGGAGUUCCAGCCCAAGUCUCCGGUGGCUCCUUCUCCAGCCUCAGACAGAGCAUGAUGGGAACCUACAGCAUUUCUUCCACGGUGACGGCUGACCCAGGCCCCACAGGUGCCACUUACAUCUGCCAAGUUGCCCACGUCUCCCUGGAGGAGCCCCUUACAGUCAGCAUGAGGGUUUUGCCAAAUACAGAGCAGAGAGGAACCUUGGGAGUCAUCUUUGCCAGCAUCAUCUUCCUUUCUGCGCUGUUGCUGUUUCUGCGACUUCACAGACAGCAAGCUUCUUCGUCAAGGUCCACCAGGCCUAUGAGGCAUUCUGGGUAACCACCUGCCUGCCUCUGAGUACAAGGUAAAGUACUCCACGUCCUGGCUACCUAAAGGACCCCUGUGAGGUGUGGGGCUGAAAUGGGCCUGAAGGUGGCAGCACAUUGGGAGUGCGGUACUGGCCCUGGACUGUACAAGUCUCUGCUUUCUGUGCUAUUGAGAAGAGAGCCCUGGGCUGAUGAAAAGGGACAGGACAAGAGGAUGGCAGAAUUAUCAAAGUGGAGGCUAACACCAUCUAUGUGGGGUGUUAAGAAAUAGGGGGUUGGGGGGGACAC